UAAUCAACUGUUGAAGACCAUUGAAACAAGAGAAAGAAAAUCCAAGCGAUUUUUUUUUUCAAUCACCCCUCAGUAAAUAUUGAACAAAUGUUGUAGUUAAACGUGAAAAACCAUGAAUUCAUCGAUAAUUGAGUAAUGGAAACGUCGAGGUGAUUGUCGGUCCGUUAAUUUAUUUAAACAAACACGAGGGGAAGGGAAAUCAUGUGCGAUGUGUGUGCUGACUUUCACGAUCUACUGCUCUGUUAUGAAGACAGAGCCUCAAAAGAGCAAGAUGACUCCCUCAGUCCUCUGGACAUCGACACGAUCCUGGACUACGUCAACCAGUGGGUGCAGCGCCAGUGCAUGUGUUGCUAUCGAGAGCCAAACAACCUGGAUAGAUUCAUACGACUGACGCACGCAGUGAUCCUCUCCUCCCUCAAGCAACUCUCCUCAAUCCCCCAGAAGAAGUCCCCCCUGGCCCCGCAGCCCCCAGUGGAGGCUUCAAAGCCCGAGGAGAAGCCCCCGAGUCCCGACCCAGGGUCGUCAGGCUCGUCAGUGAAAUCCUCGCAAUCCCCAGAGGAUGUGAAGAAAAACGAGGCAAAGGAGGCGAGCACCUCGUCAUCAGCUGGAGAGAAAGGGCCUCAAGGCCCUCAGCACGACUCCAAAUGGACCCAGCAGGACCUGGAGAAGCUGUUCCACCUCGUCUCGAAGAUAUUCCUCCUCAACUUCCCCCUGUACAUCGCCAUAAAGCACGGAGGGGCCCUGAACCCCCUGGCCCCCGUCAAGGACGAGGGGGGCUACUGCGAGCCCCACGACCCAGAGGUGCCCUCCCCCCUCAUCCGUGCAGUCUCCAUCUUCUGUCACAGGGGUGGCUUCAACCUCAUGUCCUCGUGCUUCGACCUGGAGGAGCCCCUCCCAGUGGGUCUUGCCCACUCAAUGGUAGCUGUCAUCUGCAACCUCAAACUCUGGCUGAACUACGCCUCUGUGAUCCAGCUGUUUGUCCCCCUGAGGUCACGAGUGAUGAAGUACAUGUGUCGUCUGCACGACAAGGAACUUCGCACCCCAGCUGUCAGGACAAUGGCAGACUUCAUGUGGAGUGCAAUAAAAGACCCCAUCGAGUCAGUCCUUCCCACUUUUGAUCGCGAUGGACUGGACCUGGCCUUCAAGUACUUCACCAGCACAACAUUGACGAUGAGACUGGCAGGAAUAGCACAGAUCAAUGCCCACAUAACAACGUUCAAUGAACUCUGCAAUUCGGAGACUGUGGCCGAGGUCGAGCAGGUGGGACAUGCCCUGGCAGCUUGGCUCACUGAGAAUAGCAUAGUGUCCCAUAUUUUCGGUCCCAAUCUCCAUGUGGAGGUCAUCAAGCAGAGUCACGUUGUGCUGAGCUUCUUGGCGAUGGAGGGGAGGAUAUCCUCGUCAGAUAUGGAUAUCAUCUGGCAGGCUGCUCAGUUGAAACACUGCGCUCGCCAGGUCUACGAUCUCCUCGCACCACUGGUGAAACAUCUCGCUCCACCCCCUGUCCUCCAUCUGUACUCUCUUCUUGGCAAGUUGGAGCCUAAGGACCACACAGAGCAGAGUCUGUUCCUGGCGUCAGCAUUGAUCAAGUUCAUAUGGACAUCUGGGGCUUCUGGGUACCCUGGAGGUCUCGUGGGGAUGGGAAUGUCGAUGAAGAAUAGGGAUGUUGCUCUCCAGGGGGCUGAGGGGAUUGAGAGCAGCAGUACAGACCCCAGUGGCAUGGAUGGGAGUUCCCCAGAGGAGGAAGACGAGGAGGAGCCAUCCCCAGCUCCUUCUGAGGGGCCAUCUCCUCGGAAACAGGCGAGAGGGGGUGACAGUAGUGACUGCGAGGGCAACUGCAAACCCAAGACACCGAUGACAAACCUCGACGUCGAUGAGUUUCACGAGAAAAUAUCAGAGGAUCAAAAUCAGUCGAUUGAAACCCCAGUGAUAUCUCCAGUUGAGGACGAGGGGAAUAAUCUCAAAAAUAAACAUCAGAGUGGCUCUGAUGCUGAGGCCGACACUGAAAAAUCAGCCACUGAAGAGCCAGUGGUGCACGAGAAGAAGAAGAGAAAAGUAUUGAGAAAAAGAAAGACUCCUGUUAAGAGAUUGACCACUGAGGACAAGCCACUGCUCAUGAACUCACUGGAUGGCCCUAAGGAGAAAAUCCAGGACACCCUGGACUGUGUCAAGCAUCACCAGAGGUCCCUGCUGACUCCCAACGACCAGCAAGUCCCCAGUUCAAGUGUUCUGCUGAGAAAUGCCCCCAAAAACCAGGCCGACAAGUACAUGUCAUUGGUGUCUCACCCAGAAUCAGUGGACAGCUCUCACGACGACGAGGACAGUGACAACGUGACAGCAAGCAUCGUGGUGGGAACUGUGGAUGGAACUGGUGCUGUUAUUUCAGAGCUCGCUGGGCUGGUUCACGCCACUGGCCAACAAUUCCUCCCCUCUGGACUCGACGAGAUGCUCUCCGACGAGGAGGGAUCCUACAGCAGCCGAAUCUCCAACAAAAGUGAGAAGAAUAUGGCGGACUUCGAUGGAGAGGAGAGUGGAUGCGAGGAGGAGCUCGCUCAACUCGCUGCCAGACACUUGACUGCCAUUCAGAUGCAGGCUUACCAUUCCCACAGCCAUCAGUCCCAUCAUCCCCAUCAUCCACAUGCACAUCAUCAUCAUUCUCAACUGGGGCAGAUCAGGCGAUCGGUCUUCAGACCUCCUCAAGUCAGGAGAAGAGCCCUGAGGCAGCAGCAGAGGUCCAUGUCCUCGAGACACGCACAAUUCAACCUGGAAACCGUCUGCAAACCUGGGAAUACUCUUCUGUGGGACCUCCUCCAGGACGACAAAAUAGGGCAACUUGCUGAGGGCCUCGCCCUCGAGGCGGAAAAGGCCCUCUGUAAUUUAUUAUGCUUCAACGUCGAUCGUCUCAUCCCCAUGAAGUUCAUCGAAGGUUGUCUGGAGAAUCUGGCAGCCAACAGAUCGGUAGUGGUGUCUCUGCGACUCCUCCCAAAAUUACUAGCCAGUUUCCAGCAAUUUGGGGCUAUGGACGCCCACACAAUCACCACCUGGGCCGACAGAGAACGAGGAAUGAUGAAGCACUUCUUCAAUAAUCUGAAAACAUACUCAAAUAACUACGCCAACAACGUCAACUCGAGCACCUCCAACUUGUAUUCACACCAGACUGAGGUCCAGGUUCGCCUCCAGUUUUUAUCAUCGAUAUUUUCCCCCAUGGGAUCGCCCGACUGCUUCAGACUGAGUCUGGAGCAGGUGGACAUACUCUGGCAGUGUCUCUCCCAGGAUUCGACCUGCGCCGAUGAGCUCUUCAGUUGGUUGCUGAGCCAGGCAAAGUCCACCGAGCAGCAUGCCCUCGGUAUGGACACCCUGAAGCACCUCUGCAUGAGAAAACUGCCGUCCCUGCCCCCAGAGACCAUCAGCAUGACAGGACUGAGCCUCUUCCAGCAGCUCUGCAAUCUAGCUAGACUGGCUGCAGCCCACCUGGACAGGCCCCUGAGGGACGUCGACUCGAUAGGAAUGGACUUCCUCUGGAGGAUCGCCCUUCGAGCCAAAUCAACAGACGUCAGCAUGGCAGCGAUCCAGUACCUCAACGGCUACUACAUGUCACGUCAGUUGACCCAAGAAGCUGAAUUUGUCUCUCAGUGCAUGACCCACUUGGCUGCUGCCAGUGGUGACCUCGAGCACAACGAGGAGGCGAGUCUCAGGUGCAUCCAGCGAGCCCUCCUCCUCCUCAGGACCCACUUGGAGGCCUUCAGAAAGAGAUACGCCUAUCAUCUGAGGAGAUGGGCACUCGAGGGAAGGGGCGCAGGCUCCCACCUGGCCAUGAGCUCCUCGGAGAAGGGUCAGCACCUCAAGAUCUUCGUCCAGCCAGCUGGAAUUCCAGAUAAAACGAGCUUCUCACUGCUGAGCACUGAUUUCGUCGCUGAUCUGAGGGCCGAAGUGGCCAAAUGGUGGGACGACACUCAAAACUCCAAGUCCUCGAGCAGCUCUUCAGGAAUUAAUGCAGAAGCCGGAUCUUCGGGGACAUCAAGCACAGGAAAUUCAGUCCUGGGGACUCUCCUCACCGACGGCCCAAUCAGAAUGAUCACUCAGGGGCAGGAGUUGACGUUCGAUUACGACGAGAAGACGCUCCAGGAGAUGGGGUUCAAGGACGGACAAUUGGUCUUCAUUUCCCUUGGGGCCUCUGGGGGACGUGGCAACGUGGGGAAUCGAGGGAAGAGAGACAUGGAUUCACCUUCGCUGCUGCCACCACCGCCGAGGGAAUGCUUACCCACGCUUUUACUACUCAGACCCCAGUAUUUCGAGCAGUUGUUCACGCUGAUGAGAACCCUGAGUGCGAUGAAAUCCUCGGUGAAAGGGGGACAGAAAAUCCCACACACCAAAGCCCAGGUUUUAUCCCGAAGGGUCUGGGAUACCCUGACGUUGUUGCCAACGAGUCCAACUCUCCUUCGAGGCUUCCAGAAGCUCGAGGAGGCGUCUCUGCCCGAUUUACUGGAUCCAGCGAGUCCCCAGAAGCUCAUGUACUCCCUCUACAUCAUUGAGUCCCUGAGUAGAAGGACCCCAGUCCCUGCCUCGUCGUCCUCGAGCUCCAAAUCAGCUGAUGUCGAGGAGAACGAAGGGACUGAUCAGAAGGAGGAGGACGCCAUCCCCUGGUCCACUUUAUUCGUCCAGCACGGAGGCCUCCGCCACCUCUUCGACAUCUUCAUGUCGGGAUGCCUCGAGCGUGGCGAUGGCAGUGAAUGGCAGCAGGAUUGCCUCGCAAGUCUGUUAAAGCAAUUGUGCCACCUGGGGGUCAUUCGAGAGGAGAAAAAACGUCAUAAAUCCCAGGAGAAGCUCAUCGUUCCACGACUGUCCGAGGCGAUGCUGUCGAUGAUGUCAGUGGACUCAGUGAUGUCCAGGAUCACCAGUAUUCUGAACGAGGCCUCCCUGCCGAAGGAUCCAAACCACUACAAGACUGGGCUCUUUGGCCGAUCUCAGGUGAUUCACUACACGAUGGCUUUGCUCGUCUGCUGGGUGCACAGUGACCCAACCAUCAGGCAGAACCUCUUCUGCUCGACGUCUGAAUCUUUCGGAAGGACCUGGCUGCGAAGACUAGUCCUGGACGACCCAGAGCCCGCAGUCAGACGAGAAAUCUGCACAGCUCUAUACAAAUUGUGCCUGGGAACGACAUCAGCAGCUUCAACUUCUGACGACGACAAGGAGGAGAAUCCCUCGGAGAGACGUUGCGACAGAACAGGACUGAUUGUUCCGAUGUUGAAUAUUCUCCUGGAGCACCUGCACGUCGCCGAGGCGAUGCACCCGUCCCACAGGCGUCGUCCGGACCUCCCCCUUCAUCUCCACUCUGUAAUCCACGAGGAUGGAAAGGAGCCCUAUGGCCCUGCCUGCAGGGACUACUUCUGGCUGGUCUGCAGGCUGGUGGACGCCCUUCCUGAGGAGGCCAUCAGGUUCCCUGAAGCACCAGAGGAGUCCGAGCAGUCGACAGCGACCAUCGACCUCGAGGCCCUGGCCAGCAGAGUCAUAGACUCUGUUUUACUUCGAGAACACCUGGAGACUCGACACAACACCGUCGAGGACGAUGCCCUAGUGGGCCUUCUCAACCUCACCUGCAACAUUAUGACGCACAAUCCCCCCUGCAAGCAAUCGAAGACUGGAAAGAACCUGCUGAACAGAGUCUUCGAUUUUCUCUUUGCAUUGCCAAACUCCAAGAUGAAACACGUCCCAAAGUGCAAGAGCCAGGUGUCGAGGUCAGCGGCUUUUGAUCUCCUGGUGGAGCUCGUUAAAUCGGCGCCUGAUAACUACAGAAUCCUUCACGAGAAGCUGCUGACACAGCACAAGCCGGGGCCACACUCUCCCUAUCCCUGGGACUACUGGCCACACGAGGAUGGCAGGGCUGACUGUGGGUACGUGGGGCUGACGAACCUCGGGGCGACCUGCUACAUGGCUAGCUGCAUGCAGCACCUCUACAUGAUGCCACAGGCGAGGGCUGCCAUCCUCCACGCCGAGUGCAAUCGUGCUAACAAACACCAGCUGACCCUGCGCGAACUCCAGAGGAUGUUCGCUUAUUUAUUGGAGUCUGAACGAAAGGCCUACAACCCCAGGUCCUUCUGCAGGGUCUACACGAUGAACCACGAGCCCCUGAACACUGGGGAGCAGAAGGACAUGGCCGAGUUCUUCAUCGAUCUCGUUUCCAAACUCGAAGAGAUGACGUCAGACCUCAAGGACCUGGUGAAAACGCUGUUCUGUGGUGUAAUCUCCAACAAUGUCGUCUCCCUGGACUGUGAACACGUCAGCAGAACUCUGGAGGAGUUUUACACGGUCAGGUGUCAGGUGGCUGACAUGAGGAAUCUUUACGAGAGCCUCGACGAGGUCACGGUGAAGGACACCCUCGAGGGGGACAACAUGUACACGUGCUCCCAGUGUGGCAAGAAAGCGAGGGCUGAGAAGAGGGCUUGCUUCAAAAAACUCCCCCACAUUCUCUGUUUCAAUACCAUGAGGUACACCUUCAACAUGGGGACUAUGUUGAAGGAAAAAGUCAACACUCACUUCAGUUUCCCUCUGAGACUGGACAUGUCAGGGUACGUGGAGAAGAAACUCAUGUCCCAUCAUGAGAAGCGAAAGUGCGAGACUGAGAAGACUGAGUGUGAGAACGAGGAGGAGGAGGAGGAGAUGAAGAGCAAGAGGGAGGAUCAGGAGGAGGAGCACAGAGCUGAGCAUUAUCAGUACGAUUUGAUAGGUGUGACGGUGCACACAGGGACUGCCGAUGGGGGUCACUACUACAGCUUCAUCAAGGACAGAACGUCAGCGAAUAAGGACAAGUGGUUCCUCUUCAAUGACGCCGAGGUGAAGCCCUUCGACCCCAGUCAAUUGGCAGCCGAGUGUUUCGGGGGAGAAAUGACCAGCAAAACGUACGAUUCAGUCACUGAUAAAUUCAUGGACUUCAGUUUCGAGAAGACAAACUCAGCGUACAUGUUGUUUUACGAGUGGUGUGCAGACCCCAAUGAUCAGGGUCACAAUCGAGAGGAGGAGGCGACUGGCUCCAGCCCAGGGACUGUCAGUAUGUCCCAGUCGUCCCACGAGGAUCUCAAAGUAUUAGGGGAUAAACUCCCCACCCUGGAGCUGAACAAAGAACUCGAGGACUGGAUAUGGCAGGACAAUAUGCACUUCCUCCAGGAUAAAAAUAUCUUCGAGCACACGUACUUCAGCUUCAUGUGGCAGAUCUGUGGCUACAUACCACAGACUCUCCUCUCGAUUCAGCCUGACGUCACUGAGAUGUCUGCAGAGCUGUCGACGUCAUUCUUCAUGGAGACUUUCAUUCAUGCUAAAGAGAAGCCGACGAUGGUGCAGUGGGUUGAGUUGCUGACGAAGCAGUUCAAUGGUUCCAACGGUGCGUGCGCCAGAUUUCUCGAGAGAAUGGCCAGUGACUCGUGGUGGCCAAUUCAGAUACUAGUCAAGUGUCCCAAUCAGAUGGUGAGACAGAUGUUCCAGCGUUUGUGUAUCCACGUGAUUCAGAGACUGAGGGCAACCCAGGCACCUCUCUACUUGCUAACGUCCAAUGAUACUGAAACGGAGCCCGAUGGAUCUGCUGUGAACACUGUGGGAACGCAGUCCUGUGUCACUAGAUUCGUGAGAAUGCUCUUGUCCCUGAUGGAGCACGCUAAACAGCACUUGAAACACCUGACCGAGUACUUCAGCUUCUUGUACGAAUUCAGCAAGAUGGGGGAGGAGGAGACUCUCUUCCUGAUUAGGGUACAGGCCAUCUCCACCAUGAUAAACUUUUACCUCGGUCACAAGACCCACGAGAUGGUGGACACUGUGAGCGAAGAGGAGGAGGAGGAGGAAGAGGAGGAAGUGGUUGUGGCUGUCCCUGCUGAGAAACUCAGACCAGCGUCUCUCGACAAGAUGAUAACGCUGAUUGCGAGUCUCGUCGAGAGGAGCAGAGGAGCUAAUCACCAGUUGACACUGUCCCAAGCUGAUCUGAGUGCAGUUGCCAGUGGAAAGGGAUUUCCCUUUCUGUACCAACAGACCAGGGACGUCAUCAAUCUCACUCAGACCAAGAAUCUAAUUCUGUCGUUGUGCAGGUGGAACGAUAGACUGGCGAUUCACAUCGUCACGAUGAUAUUCCAGGCGAUUACAAAGCACACAGACGUCUGUCAGCCCUUCUUCAAGCUCUUGACCCUUUUGACCGAGGGAUCUGGACCCUCUGUGAAUACAGGGCUGCCCUGCAUGACUCAACUCAUCCUAGGAAGAGUCUGGGAGGCCGCCAGGGUCGCUCCUCAUGGCGCCCUCGAGUGGCUGGCCCUCGCUGUCACUAGAAGUAAAUUGGCUCAUGCUUGGGUCCUCCAGGGACUCGACACUUGGCUCCAACAUUUCCUCAUUGAACACUCGAAUCAGAGGGUCAGGUCUGCUGCUGCCUUUCUGCUGGUCUCCCUUGUACCCUCCAGCCACUUCAGACAGGGCUACAGGUCUGCCCACAGACUCGGCCUAGGAUGCAACUCAAAUCGGGAGUUUCAGUUGUCCCCUGAGGCCACUCUCAUUCUCCAUCAGAUCUACACUGCCCUCUUGAGGCUCCUUCAGCCUGCCAGGCAUUACAUCGACAUUCAGAGCCAUGGAACCAUGAAACUCACUGCUUACUUCGCACUCAUGACUUACUGCGUCAUCUCUAAAACCGAGAAAAUCAUGUUUGGACAGUAUUUGAAUGAUCUCUGGAGUCUCUUUCACCCGAAACUCUCAGAGCCCAGUAUUCCAGUGCAUCAUAACAAGCAGGCAGUUCUCCUCUUCUGGUACCACGUGUGUUCUGAUUGUCCAGAAAAUGUCGCUAUGAUCCUGCAUAAUCCGCACGUCACAAAGAAUAUUGCAUUUAAUUAUAUUUUAGCCGAUCACGAGGACCAGGACGUUGUCCUCUUCAACCGAGUGAUGCUGCCAGCGUACUACGGCCUCUUACGUCUCUGCUGCCAGCAAUCGCGGACCUUCACUCGUCAGUUAGCAGCGCACCAGAAUAUCCAGUGGGCCUUCAAGAACAUCACCCCCCACCCAACUCAGUACUCAACAGCAGUGGACGAGCUCUUCAAGCUGAUGCAGCUGCUGGUGGCUCGUCACCCCGACCAAACCGAGCAAGAGGAGUCAGAGAUCGCCUCCUUCAGACGCGGAACCCUCUCCUCCUACCUCCAGGGUCUGGACGGCAGAUCCUGCUGGGCGACGCUCAUCUCGGCCUUCAGGAUUCUGAUAGAAUCCGACGACGAUCGUCUCUACGUCGUGUACAACGGUGGCCUGGGGAUGGCUCUGGAAGCCUUCCACAUGCUGCACAUAAUGUACCACGAGGCGACGGCGUGUCACGUAGCUGGGGAUCUGGCAGAGCUCAUCGCCAUAAUCGUCGAGUUGGUGAGAUGCGUCAGGUGUGUCAGAACCUCCAGAGACAGCCCAGACCCCAGGAGCAUCCUGGCGAACUGCAAGGAGUGGCCAGAGAUCCUGAGGAAGCUGGCAACCUUAUUGAACACCUACAACCCCCCAGAGCUUCGAAACCUGGCGAUCGAUCUGCUGAAGGAGCUCGUCAUGCUGGUCCCAGCCGAGGCCAUUCUCAUCUUGGCGCCCCUGCUCUCCCACUGUCACGCAGCCCUCCAGGAGUCCCACGCUGCUGUCCCCCCGGGGCCCUACCUCCCGAGAAGAUCCACAUCGGCAGCUGUUGGCAAAAUGGCUGCCAGACCCGCCAGACCAAUGGUCCAGAUGGCUGUCCCCCACUCACAGCUGGAAGCUGCUAAAGGAGUCGAUCCAGAGUACGACUCAGCCCUCCUCGAGUUCUAUCUUCCCUAUCACGAGUUGAUCGACGUCAUGUGCAGAUUGGCCAUUAAUAACGACUGCAUGACCGACACUCUCAUCAAUCUCAGUGCAAUGCUGGGGUUCGAGGGAGUCCCACUGCACCUCGCUCUCUUCCCCAGGCUCUGGCUGGAUGUCCAUGCCGCCAGUCACAUAGACAGGAAGCACAUAGCUGCACUCCUGUGCUCCUCCUACACUGUUGACUACGUCGACGCUGUUCUGCUCGACGAGAGGUCCUCCCUCUCUGUCCCUGCCAUCCACGCAUUCCUCAAGACCUUCUUCCCGAAGCUGGCGAGCCACGUGCUCACCGAGCAAACGUGCUCCCUCAUCGACAACGUCGUGUCCUCUCUCAGUGGAAUGGUGGAGGCUGUCGACGUGAAGACCUCUGCCCCCAGGCUGACAGGGGAUCUUCGGGCCCUGGCCCUCGUCUACAGCAGUGGCAGCAGGCUCGAGCCACCUGCCUCCCUCCAACCAGCUCUCGACACUCUCCUGGCUAGGGUCAGGGCGGUGAAAACCAAGGAGAGCAGCCAGGAGAGCGAGGCACCAGCGAAAAAACGAAAAUUUGGCAACGACGAGAAGAGGGAGGAGAGAGAGACAACAGAGGGGGAGACUUCCCCUGAGACUGUGAUGGAUCCUGCGGGGGAGGCUGUCGAUCCCAGUAUGGAUGUCGAGGAGAAGGACAAGAGUGAAAAGGAGAAAUGUGACAAGACCAUUAGAGAUGGUGGCGAGAGAUCUGGAGAGAAAACAUUGAACAGUGUUAAUGUUACUACUAGUGCUAAUUCUGCCAUCACCUCCACCAUCUCUGGCUCCACCACCGCUGAGCCAUGUAAUAAUCAACUCAUGUGUUCACUUAAUAAUUCUUCAUGGGUUGAUAUGCUGGAAAAGACUAUUGUUAAUCUUCAAGUGAUUGUGACGAUGCAGAGCAAGAACAAUUAAUUUGAAAAAAAAUAAAUGAAAAUAAAAACGAGUUUAAAGGCGUUAAAAUAAAUUGGAUUGGUUGGUGGGUCACAGCGAGGGCUGGGGGGGGGGAACAAUAACGAUGAUUGAGGGUUAAUUAUUAAUUAUUAUGAUUAAUGAAGAAAAGGCUGUAAGCGUAUUUUUUUCCUCGCUGGGUGAAGACACUUGUCCUCAGCAAUUGUAACACUUGGGACUGACUUUUUUUGUGUAUAGCUUAAUAAAUCCGAUAAAUAUUUGCCCGGCGUACUAUGUGAAGUAAUGAGAGGAGUUAUCCGCAGUUUUUCUUUUUCUAGUUUAUCGUAUAAAUGAUAUAAACGUCGAAAAAAAAGAAUUCUUUCCUUUCUCUGUUCUAAAACGAAAUAAAUAUAGAUUUUAUUAAUUUAUUUCUAA